AUGAUGAGCUACGGCAUGGACACGCUUUAUAGCGGCCCCUCGUACCGCAAGGAGCCCGGCUUCGGCGGCGGGCGCUACUCGACGGCAGCCGCGCGCUCCGCAGGCGGCAGCGGCUCGUUGGCGUCGAGCGGCUUCCACUCGCAGUCGUGGUCGCGGGGCUCGGCGGUCUCCGUCUCCAGCUACCGGCGCCUGGGGGCGUCGUCGGCGUCCGGGGCCGCGGGGGUCCUGAGCCAGCUGGGCUCGUCGACUGAGAGCCUGGAGUCGUCGCUGAACGGCGACCUGCGCGGGCGCAACGAGAAGGAGGUGCUGCAGGCGCUCAACGACCGCUUCGCCGGCUACAUCGACAAGGUGCGGGCGCUGGAGGAGCAGAACCGGCAGCUGGAGGCCGAGGCGGCGGCGCUGCGGCAGCAGCAGGCCGGGCGCUCAGCCAUCGGGGAGCUGUACGAGCGCGAGAUCCGCGACAUGCGCGGCACGCUGGUGGUGCUGAGCGCCGAGAAGGGGCAGCUGCAGCUGGAGCAGGAGCACCUGGAAGAGGAUUUGGCGCAUCUCAAGCAGCGCCUGGACGACGAGAGCCGGCAGCGCGAGGAGGUGGAGGCGGCCAUCCGGGCGCUGGGCAAGUUCGCCGACGACUCUCAGCUAGCCAAGGGCGAACUGGAGAAGAAGCUGCAGGCGCUGCGCGAGGAGAGCCUUUUCCUGCGCCGCAGCCACGACGACGAGGUGGCCGAGCUGCUGCUCCAGAUCCAAGGCAGCAGCGCCCUCCAGGUGGCCGUCGAGGCUCGCGACGCCGCAGCCCGCUCCGACGUCACCUCUGCACUCAAGGAGAUCCGCGCCCAGCUGGAGGGACACACCGUCAAGAGCUCCAUCCAGUCCGAGGAGUGGUUCCGAGGUGAGACUAUAGACGGGGCGGGCCAUCCCGGAAAGGAGGAGGGGGCGUCAGGGAGCCCCCCGACGGUGGGAUAAGAGAGCUGCGCGCGCGGGGGUGGGGCAGCUUUGUCCAAAGGAGGGAGGGGGAGGUCACCCCACCCGCAACACUUCCAAGGACAUGGAGAGGGUCGUCGGGGAACCACUGGAGGGUCCCCAGUAGCUGGGCUGGGCGGGGGCAGCAGCUUUGUCCAAAGGAAGGAGGAGGCGGCCACUCGGGAACCGCCCCAGGAAUAGGAAGGAAGGAAGGAAGGGGACGCCGGGGAGCCACCCGAGAGCCGGCAGGGAAGUAGGGCUGCGGGUGGAGGCACCUUAGUCUAAAGGGUCGGUCGGAGGACCAUUCUGCAGUUAGGAAGGAAGGCGUGCCGGAGAACAACCUCAGCGGCAGCAGAGGGAGAAAGUGCUGUCUCCUAGCAGCCGCUUCAUCAAAGGAGCGGCGAGGAACGGAGGGGGUGUCCCCCGCGCUUCAUAAUCCAAGAGUGGACCCAGCCCCCCGCAACUAUUUGGAAGUUUCAAAGCUGGGAGCGCGCCUUCGUUGGGAAGGGUCAGCGGAUGGGGGCUGGUGGGUUUCAUUUUUCUGGCUAUUAUUUUAAUAAUGUACCGCCUCCUUAUAGUCAAGCAUAAUAAUAUAUCAUCAUAAUUGCAAAUUAAACAAUUGGUCGUUGUUAGGUGCGAAAAGGAGCGCUUGCAAAAUUAUCUGUUGAUUUUUCUUCUUUUUGGAUAAAGAGCCCUUUCAUCUUGGAUAUAUUCAAGGGCAGGCUGCGAAAACUCGCUGUGAAUCUUCACACACAAACAUACCAAGCGAAACCUCUAUUUCUCUCUCUCCCCCCCCCCCCAUAUUCGCCUCGCUCCCCAUCCCUGAAAUCGCGCUCCUACCCCAAGGCAAGAGGGGAACAAGUCGCCUGGAGCGGAGGAAUUUCCAAAUGUAUUUUUUUCGGGGGGGGGGGUUGUCCUCUGCGUGCCGGGGUGGCAUCCCUUGACAAGCCAUUACUCUGCAAAAAUGGAGACCUUGUCAUGGAAGUCUCCACGCAAAGGAAAGCGUUGCAAUGGGGGCGUGUCCCUAUCUCAGUGCUCCCCCCCCCCGCGUCUAAACAGCUUCAACUGGGAAACCUAUAAUAGCAACACUUACAGCUAAAGCGAAACUCCCCCCCCCCUCCCCGAGUGAAGCAGACUAACCGCGUGGAAUUGCUUGUAUAAUAUAUGCCAAUGCAGUGGACAGGAUACUUCUGCGGGGGCGGGGAUACUGGUCAUUGCCCACCCCAGCUGCUGAGUUGGGGGAAGAUGUCCUGUCAUGGAGGUCAGGCACGCUAGCCUAGAUAGAAAAAGAUUAGGAAAUGCGUUGGGAAGGGAAGAAAUGUUGGGGGGAGGGGUGGAUUGCCUAUUAAAGGAGUUGGGAGGUGGAUGAAAGACUCUCUUUCCAGAGUCUAUAGCGAGGGAAGGAAGACUCCAAAAGGGGCGGGGGGCGGGGAGAGAAUGCAUUCAGGGGCUCAGGGGGUAGUGGUGAACUUUGGGGAUACCUGGACUGUGAGCGCGUUGCUCCAUUGCACCAAUACGAGGAGGGAGGGAGACUGAUUCAGCACUGUGGACAGCGGUGGAAGGAAAGUACAGUGGUACCUCGGGUUACAUACGCUUCAGGUUACAGACUCCGCUAACCCAGAAAUAGUACCUCGGGUUAAGAACUUUGCUUCAGGAUGAGAACAAAAAUCGUGCUCCGGCGGCGCGGCAGCAGCAGGAGGCCCCAUUAGCUAAAGUGGCGCUUCAGGUUAAGAACAGUUUCAGGUUAAGAACGGACCUCCAGAACAAAUUAAGUACUUAAUGCGAGGUAUCACUGUAUUGCGCCGUCACUCUUGGGGGACAGAGGGUGUCCUUUCAUUCAUUUGCUGUGGGUGCAGUUUCUACCGGGGGAAAAAGAUGAAUGUAUGCCUCUCCUUGGUGCAAAAGGCGGCUACAUUUCCCGCUCCCCGGGGGGGGGGGGGGUUUGAACUAAAUCUGUCACCAGUCCUAUCCGUACUGCGGAGGUACCUAAGAAAAAGGGGUCGAUCCGCCUUGCUGCAGAGAGUGGGGAGAGAAAAUGGUGGGGGCAACCAUGUGUGGGACGAGGUUGGAGAGAGGGGGGGACGACGCGCGCUGUGUCUGGGCGCCGCUCCGCAGUCUCUGCUGAGUCAGUCCUCGCCUCCUGCAGUAACUUGAAGCCAAAGUCAGCUGCACGCGGGGAGGGGGGUUGUGGGGCGGAGGCGGCUGCCAGGCUGGCGCAGGGUGUCUGACUUCUCUUCUUACAGCCACUCCCCUCCCCAGGGCCCCGAUCCUCUCUCGCCGCCCCAUUUCUCCUCCUCCUCUGGCCAUUUCCCAGUUCCCCAUGGGAUCCACCCACACACCUACCUAUUGAAGCGAGAAAGGCGUUGAAGUGGGGGCGGGGCGGGGGCGUCCCGGAAAGGCUGGUAACGUCGGGAUCGGAUGCAGUUGGGGCGGUCGGUGCAAGCGCUCGCGCCUCCCAAAAUGAGUUAGGUGGGAGGGAACCUAAGCUGUUUUACACCGAGUCAGACCAUUGGUCUGUGUAACUCAGAGGCUGCCCCAGAGAUCCUCGGUGGGGACAUUCCUAGCCCUACCUGGAGACGUCGAGGAUAGAACCUGGGACCUUCUGCAUCCAAAGCAGGUGCUUAACCUUUUUGCUACUGCCUUUCCCCCCUAAACGGAGCCCUUUCGACUCCCAAGCACGAGCGGAUUUCAGGGACUGCAGCAAAAGCAAAUUCUCAGAACCAGCCGGAAAGUUGGAGAGCUCGAGUCGCCGUCUCUACCACCUAGCCGCUCUUUUCCUCUCCACGCGCCCCCUGGCUAUGCUAACCCGCGUUCAGGGCCCCCGGAGUGUGGAGGGCCGACGCUGUCCAGGGUCCUGAUCCAGCAACUUUUUCCAGGACGAUUGCUUUAUCACUAUGACAAGAGCGGGGCCGGCGCGGGCGCUGUCCGCGGUGCUGAUCCUGCUUCUUUGUGCCGUUGUCGGCGGGGGUCCUGAUCCCGCUGUUCGAUUGAUUGGUUGCAUAUAUAUAUCCCACCGUUUCCCCCCAAGGAGCUCAAGGCACCGUACAUGGUGCUCCCCCUCUUCAUUUAAUCCCUGCAACAACCCUGUGAGGUAGGUUAGGCUGAGAGGAAGUGACUGGCCCAAGGUCACCCACUAAGUUCCAUGGCUGAAUGGCGAUUUGAACCCUGGUUUCCCAGGCCCUAGUCUGCACCACUUUAGACCGUGCAGUAGGGGUUCAGUUGCUCUGUUCCUCACGAAGACUGACGCGGAGUGUUACUAGUGGAGAGAGAGAGAGGCUCGGAUCACAAUACCGCAAUUUAUUCCUGGGAUUGGUGAGGCGAGUCACAUAUAACUUCUCCCUAAAUUUACCUCCUCCUUCUUAGCAUUGUAAGGGGAAUCCGUGUUGUUGGAAGUUUGCGGGAGGGACAUAUUUUUACUUCCUACAGAUUGGGAAAUCCCUGCUGUUGUUGCAGUCUAGCUUUAACAGUUCUCUUGUCUUUCCUUAGCAAUUCCUGUUUGGUAGCCACCAGCAAUACCCUCCUCCUUUCAUAAAGGCUGGCAGAAGCCUGGAGGGCAGCUGCAGGAAUGUGAGCCAAAUAUCUAAGCUGGUUUUCCCACAGGCAUCUGGGUGGCAGCUGUGAGAACAAGAUAGGGGACUGGAUGGGCCAUUUGCCUGCUCCAACAGCCAAACUCUGUUUAUGUUAUUGUGAGGAAAUGAAAAGCCUGGCUUAUGGUGGCACCAGGUUAUUAUUUAUUAAAUUAAAUGUUUCACAUAGCACUUUCAUUGUGCAAAAAGCAGCUUAUCUCUUUCCCUUGGGGGUGCAAACUGCAACACACACACACACCCAGCUUCUAGAAUUAUCUGUCCCACAAGCCCUUUUAAAGUAUGUUCCUUGACAGCUCUUCAGCAUGCCUGCAUUGUGAAAAUGGCACAGGCUUAAGAGUGAGUGGGAUGUGACCUAAAGGCUCUAUUAUAGUCCUGUCAGGCAGGUUUCCGUACUGAGAGGCGGCUUCAGAUGAAAUCGUCAGGUUGGCCCCGCAAAAGCAGUUUGAUCUGCCUAAAGAGAACCACCUACGGAAAGUAAUUGAGAUGCACACCUGAAGGUCACUUAAUGCAGACAGGCCAAUUCUAACACACACACCCCUUGCUCACAAUACGAGGUGCUAAAAGGAUGGUUCUUCUCCCCAAUGCCCCAUUGUAUGGUCAUUUGUAGAGGCUUUUUGAGUCUAUUUUCACUACUGAUUUUGGCUCCUGCGUUUAUUCUAGAAUGAAACCAUCCAGACAUCAUAACGUAUUGCCACUUCCUUAAUUUCCCAAUGGAGUAGUUAGUGAUGGUCACUAAGCGAAAAUGUCACCACCCACAUACAAGAGGCAGGUUAUUGGCACAUGUGGGGGAGAUAUAAGGCUUGCAGGCAUAAAAAAAGAGAAAGGAAAGGAAAGGAAAGGGGUCAUGAAGUCCCCCCAAAUGCAGGUGGGGGUGGGACUGUUUGAUCAUGUACAGACAGAGUUUGUGAGGGGUGUCUUUAUGGCUAUGUUUAUUUAAUCUAUUUAUAUCUUGCCUUUUUACAAAAAAACAUUGCAACCUUUUAAAACAUUAUUAAAAAACACAGUAAUAAGAACAAACCGGCUAAAAGCAAUAAUUAAAAUACACCAGAACAGAUUUAGAACCUGCAGUUAAGAUUCAUUUCCCUCUGACCAUAGCCCAGUGAUCAGCAUCGUCUGCACCUUAGUUUUCAAAGGCGUGUCUGAAUAAGAAGGUCUUAGGCUGUCAGCAGAAAUAUGACAAAGAGGAAGCCAGUCUAACCUCUCCUUGGGAAGAAAUGCUGCUGUGUGGGAGCAGCCACAGAAGGGGCUCUCUUGUGGAUAACCACCUGCCGUGAUUCAGAUGCCGGUGGGAUUGAGAGAAGUUCUAAUUUGGCAGCACAACUGCAAUAGUGACUGAUGGUAAACUAAUCCCCCUGCCCCCUGCCCUAGGCUUCCUGUCCUUGAUCCCACAGUUGCUAUGCUCUCCCCAAAAGAGCGCUGUGGCAGAGGCCUUUCCUCAACAAGAAUGGCUGCCUGCAGGCCCAGACAUCACCAAGGCUAGCCCAUCCAGCAAAGUGUGUGUCGAGGUUGUUGAGACCAGCUCUCCCUUUCUGAGAGGGGCGCCUCCUAUCUGGAGGUCUGGAGUGGGGUUGUGUGAGCUUUGAAGGUGUAGAUCAGUGAGGGCAAGUGUCAGCUAAUCUGUGUCUUCUAAGGCUGUUACUCUUCAGACACAGUACAGUCUCUCCACCAAGAAGGGGGAGAUUUGAAGUCUCAAAAGACAAUGUUGAUUUUCUCUCUCUCUCUCUCUCUCUCUCUCUCUCUCACACACACACACACACAGAGAGAGAGAGAGAGAGAGAGAGAGAGAGAGAAUCAACAUUGUCUUUUGAGGCUCUUUGUGCUCCCUCUAAUACUGAGUUCAGGUGGUUGAGUGUCGACAGGAUUUCAGCUCAAAUUUGGCCAAUGAGAAAUAUAUAGCCAUGCUUUGGUGAAUCCUGAACAGUAGUACAAAAUACUUGCAGAAAAAUUAAAUUAGAGGACUUCCUCCCCGCCCCCCAAAAAACCCCAACAACCAGCAGCCAAAACCAGCAGCCCCAGGAACUACGGAAUAAUGAAUGCCAAUUGGUGAUGGAACAGGCAGAAAACCAGGAAAGAGGGGCAGGGGAGAAAAUAACUGGUUUGCUUGAGCCUUUUAGAGUAGAGUAGGGUAGGCUGGAAAUCUGAAAGGGAGCACUCUUAACCAAAGGUGGGGAGACACUGCAAAAUUUUGUUGCGGAUCCCACGAUGAAGAGCUCAGUUGUGUAUGCAGAUGGUUUGAACAAGCAUCUCAAGCAGCAGCAUGGGCUGUGCUCUGGGUCAGAGGGAGGUGGGGCAGGGAGUUGAUUCUGCCACUCUAGAAAGUAAUCUCUGUAGAUGGCUGGUCCUUCUCCUCGCUUGGAGAGACUGAGCACCACCACCUCCAAACCAGAAUGUGUCCUCCUUAGCACCAACUGUUUAAAUCAUAAUUCCUAUGCAGUUCUUAAAAGACCAGGUGUUUUGCAAUAUCAGCGUUCAUCUGCACACUAACCCUGAGAGGUAGGUCAUCAUCACCCACAUUCUAUAAAUGGGGCUCUGGGGAGGCAGGCACAGGAGCUAGAUUCUAAUCACAGCCUUAUUUUCAUAUAUAUAUAUAUAUAUAUAUAUAUAUAUAAAAUUGGUUUUUGUACGUGUUUUCCAAACAUAACAUCUCAUCUUAUACAAUAUAACAAACCUUUGGCUGUCACAGCCUAGGACUUCUGUCAACCUCGAUUAAUGGUUUUCUAACUUUCUUUCUGAUUUCGCAUUUUAUUUUAAUAGUUAUUGCUAUAAAAUCCAAAUCCUAAAUAAACUCCUUCUUAGUCCUUUUUCGCAAUAAUGCAUAUAGUUCUCUUUACAAAACUUCUUGCAACCCUACAAAGCACAGCCUUAUUUUCAAGAUGCAGGAAAAUCUGUUAGUCUAUGUUAGUUUCCAUUCCUCAGGAUCCGUUCAUUUAUGGCCAUGAAGACAUGGGUGUUUCCUUCUCCCCGCCCUUCAUUUCUGAUAUCACUUAAACCAAAGAGCCUUUUUCUGACCUACCUCAUCUAUUUUUUGCUCUUCCUGCCCACUGCUUGCCCAUAUCAUUUUUCUAUGGUCCCCUAGCUGGAAAUGAUCCUGGGAAAAGUUUAUUCUAUGGUGGCCAUAGCUCAGUGGGGAACAGUCCUAGCUCAGUUGCAGAUCAUCUGCUUUGCAUGUAGAAGGUCCCAGAUUCAAUCCCUGGCAUCCCCAAGUGAUUUUAGAAAAGACUCCUGUCUGAAGCCCUGGAGAGCUGCUGCCAGUCAGUGCAGACAAUACUGAAGUAGACAGGCCAACAGUGGGGCUCAGUAUUAAGCAGUUUCUUAUGUCCCUCUGUGUAUUCAGAGGUUAACUGCCUUUGAAUGCAGAGCUGCCCUGAGCAAUCAUGACAUUUCCCAGCCACUGGUAUGUGUGUGGAGACAUCCUGCAUUUAUCUCAAUCCCUUUAAAAAUAUUCCUAAAUCAGAGGCUGUUAUCCUGCCUUCUGGAGAGGAGUGUCAUAUGUUGACUACACAUUAGAGAGGCAGUGUGGUUCAGUGGUUAAAGUGCCAGGCUUAGGACCUGGAAGGCCAGGGCUCAAAUUCUCACCCAGCCAUGAAGCUCACUGGGGGGACAGGAAUUGGGGGACAAUCACUGCCUCUCAACUUAUCCUAUCCACAGGGGUCUUGCCGGGAUUAAAUGAAGAGGGGGAGAAUGCCAUACACGCCACCUUGAGUUCCUUUGAGUGUAAAAAAGUGCAAUAAAAUAAAUAAAAUAAAAUAAAUACAUAUUUAUGCACCAUGGCGAAUACAGCGUUUGUUUAGGCUCCAUUCCAUUUGCCACCUUUACUGCUGCUGAUCCUUUCUGGAAAAUCAGAAGUACAAACAUAUUAAGGUUUGUUUUUCAGGAUGCUGCAGUCAGCAAUAUGUGAAUGCUGCGCGAGCCCUUCUGAAAGAGACAAAUGAUGUAUGAGCAGAGAUCAGAAGAGCUCACAGCUAUUUAACAAUAGCAUUCAACUGAUUUGGGUUUUGUUUUUUAAGUUGCGUUUUUUUCUUUUUUAAUUUUAGCAGAUCAUUAAUGAACCCAAUUAAAAGGAAAAACCCUUCACCACCAUCGCAGCGCGGUUGCCUGGAAAGCAGAGAAAGAGAAAGGACUCACAUUCAUUCUCUGCAUCCAUCUGCCCGCAUAUGUGGCAAGGCAGUAACAUGAAGUAUUAUCCCUCCACAGGAUGCCACCUGAAAAUCCAAAUUCCCCUGCCCUUCCCCUUGCAUCUGGGAGCUAUGAAACCCCUGCUGAAUCUAGUGGGUGAUCAAGAUCAAACCCUCCUUUAUAUCCAAGGCUGUAUACCUUAUAGCUUAUGAUGCUGGAAACAACACACAGCAAGCCAGCAGCUUAAAUAAUAUAAAACAGACAAGAAGUAUAAAAAUCAGUUUUGUGGGUUUUUUUGUAGAGGGCAUAUUGAGGCAAGACUAUAUACAUUUGGGAGCAAGAUUCAUUCCACUUUUAAACCUGAACAGCCUUAAAUGAGUGCAAAACCAGUAUAUUGUAUAUUUUAAAAAUCCGUUCAGAAUGUUUUAAUAAUGCACAGUUCAUUCCCCACCUCCCCGGAACUUGCCUAGUUCCGGAUGAUGACGCUAAAUCAUCUUGCAGAUCCCAGCAGAGGGGGCUGGGCUGCCCAUUCGUCUCAGGAAGCAAAGUGAUGGAGGCUUGGAGGUUCCCAUCAGGGGCUGGCCAAAGCGGCUGAAUUGUCUUAAGCCCGUUAUUAACCCUUCCUCCUCUCUUUUCCCCAUCUCUCCGCAGCUGUGCUAGCUAGGGCUGCUGGGAGCUGUAGUCCUGGAAGGGAUUGGGGCAAGCGGGCCGGCAUUGCAGUGGUGGGCGUGGCCAGUGGCAAAAGUGGGCGGAGCAACAGGCUUCACUGCCGCUUGGGUACCAUAUAGGCUACAUUUAAGCCAUGCACAUUCAGAGCUGCAUACGGGCAUCACUCUCUAGCCAGGGAAGUAGGAGGCACGAUCACAAGAAAACAAGUGGCCCAUCUAAUCCAGCAUUCUCACAGUGGCCACCCAGAUGCCCCAAAGGGAAGCCCAGAAGCAGGACCCCAGAACAAGAGCCUUCUCCCCUCCUGUGGUUUGCAGGAACUGGUGUUCAGUAGCAUGACUGCCCUCCAACCAGUGCCAUAUAAGCUAAACAAUCUAUAGCUUAGGGCCCCACUCUCUUGGAGCCCCCCAAAAAAAUCAAAGGGGAAAAAACUGGAUGUACACUUCCAAAAUAUAAGAUAAAAAACAAAUAAAAUAAAACCUACAUACAGCAACAGUGUUUUGUGUUGUGUAAGUAAUGGGCCCCGCCUGCUAGCCUGCUCUCUAAAAUAUCACUGGUUUGCUCAUUUCUAUAUUCAGUGGUACCUCGGUUACAUACGCUUCAGGUUACAGACUCCUCUAACCCAGAAAUAGUACCUCGGGUUAAGAACUUUGCUUCAGGAUGAGAACAGAAAUCGUGCUCCGGCAGCGCGGCAGCAGCGGGAGGCCCCAUUAGCUAAAGUGGUGCUUCAGGUUAAGAACAGUUUCAGGUUAAGAAUGGACCUCCAGAAUGAAUUAAGUACUUAACCCGAGGUACCACUGUAUAGGGUGCCUACAUUCUGCAUGGACUGGUUGCAUGGUAACAUGUGCUUUCGAUACCUAUUAGGUCCAUAAAUCACCAUACAGCAUAUAUUCAACACAAAAAACAGUGACAAUUUGUUGUUGACAAAGGACAGCUGGACAUAUAAAGGGCCCCAUUACCUUCAGUAGCUUAGGGCCUCAUCAAACCUAAAUCCGGCCCUGCUUCCAACCGUGGAGGCAAAAAGCAGCCAUCAUGUCUAGCAGCCAUUGAUAGCUUGGUCCUCAAUGAAUUAGUCCAGACUAUGAACUCGUCCAAUCACAUUUCAGGGGCACAUUCCAGUAUGGCAAAAUCACUAAGUAAAGGGAUAGCAGAGAGCCUGAGGUCUGUCACAUGGGAAGGGGCACAGCAUGUGGAGAGUCCCAAAGGCCAUAUCGAGAGCCCUGGAGGGGGCCCAGAAUUUGGCCCCUGGGACUGGAGUUCACUCCUGUUUUGGACCCUUGUGGAUGGAGUAGGAAUGGCCUGUACUCUGUAAUCUUUCCUUGACAAUAUAUUUUGGCAUGCUUUGUGACUGGAUAGAUGCUUUUUCUUUUUCUUUCCCCCCAAUAAUAUUUAUUGAAUUUCAUACAAACACAUAACUUCAAUAAAACAAAAAUAAGAAAAACAAUAAUAAAAGAAAAGAGAAAGAAAUAAAAUAUUACAAACCUCACAAAUAAUACCCAAGAAUACCACCACAUACACAAAAUAAAACUUAAUUAAUUAAUUUAACUUCCAAUUUCAUAAACAUAUUACUUGACUUCCUCUCAUCUCUUCCACCUGAAUUUCCUUGUAAUUGAAUGUAGCAGUUUCCAAUAUCAUUAUUCCAAAAAACAACAUUCUGGUUAUUAUCAAAUUUCCUAACUUUUCUUAUCGUUCUGUUUCUCAUUUAUUUAUUUAAUCCUAGGCCUAAUUAGUUCUUUCAAGGAGUUACAAAUCUUUAAAUAUUACAAUAUUUAUUCAAAUAGUCUUUAAAUUUCUUCCAGUCUUCUCGAUAUUCCUCUUCUUUCUGGUCGUGGAUUCUCCCAGUGAGAUCAGCCAGCUCCAUAAAGCCCAUCAUCUUCAUCUGCCAAUGACUGGAUAUAUGCUUUUUCUCCUUUCCCUUCCCCACGUUACAGUGAGGCUGGACAAGCUGUCAGAAGCGGCCAAGGUGAAUACCGAUGCCAUCCGUACAGCACAGGAGGAGAUUUCUGAAUAUCGCCAUCAGCUGCAGUCUAAAACCACCGAGCUCGAAGCUCUCAAGGGGACGAAGGAAUCCCUGGAGAGGCAGAGGGCCGACAUUGAAGACCGCCAUCAUGUUGAUGUCCUCUCCUAUCAGGUAAUGUGUGGGCCAAUGGCAGCUGCCUACUAAAACUCCCCCAACCAGGUGCCCUUCAAAUAUCAGGUCUCAUCAGCCCCCCAUGUGGCACAGCCAAUGGGGAGGAAAGAUAGGGCCAUAGUCCAGUGAGAUCUGGGUUCACCACCUGGAUUUAAAUCCACCAGUCUUUAGCUGUGUAACCCAAGGGUAGCGCAGGAUAAGCCAAGCUCUCCUAGGCUGAAAACAGACAAGAAUGUUUAAGAAAAGAAGUGUUGAAGCUUCUCCCACUGCCAGCACUGAAGGAAGAUCUAGCUACCACCCUUAUCAACCUCUGUCUGUGGAUUGAAGAGGGUGCCAUCUUGUCUUUGAUUUGUAAAAAUGUUACAUGGAAAAAAUACGAGAGACAUUACACAUACUUCGGUAAAACAAGAAAAUCUUUAAUAAUAAUAAAAAAAUGGAUGAUAAUGGCAGUCCUCCUCAGAGCAGACCAGUUGGAGUAGGGCUUAGGUGUAUUUUGUUAAGAACUCUUAGCACCCUUAGGAGUCCCCUGUUUCCCUCUCAGAACUACAAUUUCCCAAGCGAUUUAACAAUGAAUCCCUCUUCACUGGGAACUCUGGGAAUUGUUGCUCUGAGAGUGGAAUAGGAGUCUCUCCCAGCAACUCUCAGCACUCUUAACAAACGACACUUCCCAAGAUUCUUUGGGGGAAGCCAUGACUGUAUAAAGUGGUAAAAUACUGCGUCUAGAUGAGACCUAAGGCAUACAGCUAUUAAAAACGAAAAACAGACCUUAGGUUGAUCUACAUACGGGGGAAAAAACACUAUAAAAAAAUUAGAAAUGAAAUCAUUCUAAAAGAAGAAAAAAACACUAUGUAAAAACCGCACAGAAUUUUCAAAAAAAAUUUUUGCUCUCCAGCGCCAUCCCGUGUUGCAUGUUUAUAACACAUUCAAAAUGUUGGGUGUUUUUUUUGUUUUUUUUUUACUAAUGUAGCUGAGUCCCUUGUCUGGUUGGCUUGAAGACAACCUCCCUCCCUUAUACACACAUGCAGAUAAACACCAAACAAACAAUGCUCCCCAAAGCAACCUUUAUUAUUAGUGAUGUUUUGUUGAUGUUCCUAACUUGGACAGCUUGCAGAUCCUAGAAUAUGCUCCCAGAACCCUUUGCAAGAGACUCAGGUUCUUUGACAUGGAAAAGCCAAAAAGUUGAAGGAGCGUCUCCACCCCCAUUGUUCUGGCCGGAUACUGAGGUCCAGCGCUGAGGGCCUUCUGGCGGUUCCCUCCCUGCGAGAAGCCAAGUUACAGGGAACCAGGCAGAGGGCCUUCUCGGUAGUGGCGCCCUCCCUGUGGAACGCCCUCCCACCAGAUGUCAAAGAGAAAAACAACUACCAGACUUUUAGAAGACAUCUGAAGGCAGCCCUGUUUAGGGAAGCGUUUAAUGUUUAACAGACUAUUGUAUUUUAAUAUUUUGUUGGAAGCUGCCCAGAGUGGCUGGGGAAACCCAGCCAGAUGGGUGGGGUAUAAACAAUAAAUUAUUAUUAUUAUUAUUAGCUAGAAUAUGGCUUCUCUAGAAGAGAAUGGAAAGCCAAAUGCUUUACUCUCAGGCAGAAGUACAUUUUGCCUAUAUAGCACUCUCAGCCCUCCAGCUCCAUGCUGACAUGGGAGAAAGAAGCUGUAAAUGUGGCAUUUAUAGAUAUGCCCCUUCAACAUACUACAUUCCUGUGUGUCUGAUCAUUCUGCAGCCAAUGGAAAUCAGCCUCUCCUUGCCCUGCUGAGCCCAUUUACUUAUUGUUAUUUUUUUUUUGGAUUUAUUGCAUUUGUAUCCCACCUUUCCUCCAAGCAACGGAAGGAGAUGUAUAUAUGGCUCUUCCCCCUACUUAUAACAGUCCUGUGAGGUUGGUCAGGCUGAGAGGGGUUGACCUGGCCCAAGGACACCCGGUCAGUUUCCUCAUGGACCCUGGUCUCCCAGGUCCUAGUCCAAUACUCUAACCACUACACCACACUCCCAAGAAGUGACAGGUGCCCACCCUUAAUGAGUUUUCCAUACUACGGGCUGCCACAGGAUACUGAUGGUUAACAUGUUGCUGUUAGUGCUUCUGCAGCAGUUUUUUUUUAUCUGCCCUUGGCUUUCUGUUAUUUGUAAUUGGUAUUUGUGGUUUCAUUCCUUUUACUGCACUGGGAUUACUUUUGUAGUGAAGGGUGGCUUAAAACUAUCUUUAAAUACCUUUAAAUCAUUAAAUAAUCACACACACACACAGAGAGAAAGAAUAUUUAAGAGUGAAAUCUCUUUCUCCCCCUUACGACUUCAACAUCUUUGACCUGGAUGCAGUUCAAGCGGGACUGCACUGGUUUCGGUGCAUGCUUAGCCCUCCCAUUGAACUGAAUGGGGCUUGAAAGUGCUUGGGUUUGGGCUGGAUCAAAAUUUCAGGCUUCUGGGAUCUACUUUGCUAUUUACUGGAAGGCAUCAGAGACUGGUUUAUUAGUGCCACCAACCUCUGCCUGCCCUCAGCCGGCCCACCACUGGCCUUCCUUCUUACGAGUCCAGGGAAGUGACCCCGGCUGCCAGCUUCCUCCUCUUUCGUCUCAUUGUUGCCCCUAGUAGAACUCAGCACGGAGGAGGAUGGAGACAAAACUAAGAAUUAGUUGGCUCUGCCUGCCAUUAGCUCUGGCGCCCCCUAGUGUUGGGCUCCCUGCCUUCUGCCCAAGCAGCCCAAUGGGCACUAGCUGCCACUGGCAGAGGCCUGAGACACACCAAUUGCAGCCUAGUCGAAAAGGCACACACUCCAGUUGUAAUAUAACGAUAACCAGUGCUUUUUUUCUGGGGGGACGCAGGGGGACGCAUACGCCUAAACAUGUUGUGAAUGUUUCUACUUUUCUCCAUUUGAUGUAUUUAUUUUUCCUGAUUCGAAGUAUAAAAUGGUGAUUUUCUCGAGUCAAAAGGAGAGCAUUCCUAAAAAAAAAGUUUGUUUUUAAGAAAAAAAGCACUGACAAUAGUUACCUGCCCAACAGUUCACAAUGUAAAAUAUACCAUUAAAAACAGUUGAAAACAAAUUGCAUCCAUAAGAAGAGGUUGGGUCCUAAAAAUAAGACAUCUCAAACACCAAAGGCUGGGAUAGAGAGGUGCAUCUUCAGCAAACAACAAAGUUUGAAUAAUGCCAUUGGCAGGUGCACCUGUGUGUGGAGGGGAUUAGAAGUCCAGGGGUCCUGUACCUUUUUACCUUACCUAGAAGCCCAGGAAGUAUUUGCACACCAUUCUCCUGAAACUGAGGAACCUGGUGCCUUCAGGGUUCCUAAAUGCUUAGCUUUGGAGCAUAUAGAACAGCUCCUCCUCCGUGUUCUUCCUGCAGUCCUUCUCCAGAGUGACCCUAGGAGCCCAUCCUCAGGGCAUCCUCAUUUUCUUAAACCCCCAAAAUAAGGGGUGUCUUAUACAAGGGGGUGUGUUAUACGCGGAAAAAUACAGUAAUAGGUCUUCGAUUCCUCCAUGAUCCUGGACCAGCCGCUACCCCACACUGGGUCAUCACUGCAGCCCUUUGGCAUCAGUCACCUCACACUCUGCCUAGUGCUAGGCCCAGCUGUGACCCUGUGGUUCACUCACUGGCCACCUGAAGAUGAUCCACACUCUUCCCUGCCUCUCUUUCAUAGGAGAGCAUCGCACAGCUGGAUAAUGAGCUGAGGAACACCAAGUGGGAGAUGGCCGCCCAGCUGAGGGAAUACCAAGACUUGCUGAAUGUCAAGAUGGCUCUGGAUAUAGAGAUUGCAGCUUACAGGUAGGUGUCGCUUCAUAUCCCUACUCUGACAGGCUCACAGGCGUAAGCCCUUCCUCCUCCAGACACGGCAUCCUUUCCUUUCAUGCUGUCGUGCACAGGCUCAUCCCUGUGCACGUCCAGCCUUGUUUUCUUCACCUCGGUCCUUCAAUUCCACUCCUCCACAAACCGCUCUUUCCUGGGGUUUAUUUAUUUAUUUUAUUAUUAUUUUUAAAAUCAUUUUAAAAUGUAUACCCUGCUUUUCACCAUUUAGGUCUCAUAGUGGCAUACAAUGGUUUUGUUUUUUUAAUGUUCAAGGUUUAAAACAAAUAAAACCUCUAACAUGUAAAAACUUCAGAAUUUUAUAAAGUUUCAGAAAUUUAAACCAAGAACACCUGAACUAUUUUAAAACAUCAGAGCAGCACUUGGGACAUAAAAGCCUCAUGGAAUAAAAUGGUUUUAAUCAGGCACCUGAAACUCAGCAGGGAGAUGACCUAUGCCUGACUUCUAGUGGGAGGGAGUUCCACAGAGUUGGGCCCACACAACUGAAGGUGCAGCUUCGUGUUGUGAUGAAUCAUGCUUCUGGUCCCUGGGAGACCAUUAACAUUGCUUCCCUGGGUAAGUUUUUAAUUAAAACUGUGGAGUGUCUAUUUAGACAUAGAUCUAGCCAUUAUUUUCCAGGCACUUUCCUGGCAAUGAGACCAAGGAAAUAAACAUUAUUCACCAGCCAAAGUAAAACAAAUAGAUACUGGUCAUCUUCACACCAUACAUACUAUGGCACCAUUUUAAACAUGGCUUCCCCCAAAGGAUUCUGGGAGCAGUAGUUCAGUAAGGGUGCUGAGAUUUGUUAGGAGACCCUUAUUCCCCUUCCCAGAGCUACAAUUCUCAGAGUGGUUUAACAGUCAAUCCCUCUUGCCAGGGAACUCUGGGAAUUGUAGCUCUGGGAGCGGAAUAUAGGGUUCUCCUAACAACUCUCAGACCCUUACUGAACUACUGCUCCCAGAAUCCUUUGGGGGAAGCCAUGACUGUUUAAAGUGAUAUCAUAGCGCUAUAAAUGUACAGUGUGGAUGUGGCCAUUGCUGUACGCCCUCCUGGUUUUCUGCAUGGUGAUUGGUAAAGGUAAAGGGACCCCUGACCAUUAGGUCCAGUAGUGGCCGACUCUUGGGUUGCGGCGGUCAUCUCUCUUUAUUGGCCGAGGGAGCCGGCGUACAGCUUCCGGGUCAUGUGGCCAGCAUGACUAAGCCGCUUCUGGUGAACCAGAGCAGCGCACGGAAACGCCGCUUACCUUCCCGCCGGAGCGGUACUUAUUUAUCUACUUGCACUUGGGUGUGCUUUUGAACUGCUAGGUUGGCAGGAGCUGGGACCAAGCAACGGGAGCUCACCCCAUUGCGGGGAUUCAAACCACCGACCUUCUGAUCGGCAGGUCCUAGGCUCUGUGGUUUAACCCACAGCGCCACCUGCAUCCCAUAUGGUGAUUGGUACUCGCAGCCAAUUGGUUUAGCAGACUCUGACUUCCUUUGAUUUCUCCCACCCACCUUUUUUUUGGAAACAGGAAGCUCCUGGAAGGCGAGGAAUGCCGCAUGGGAGCUGGGCUGGGCCUCUUUCCUUUCCCUGAAUCCGUCCCCAAAGCCCCCAGCAUUUCCACCCACAUCAAGUUCAAGAGCGAGGAGAAGAUCAAAGUGGUGGAGAAGUCUGAGAAGGAGACGGUGAUUGUGGAGGAGCAGACCGAGGAAGUUCAAGUGACUGAAGAAGUUACGGAGGAAGAGGGAGGUGAGAAAAAGGAAGAGGAGGAGGAGGAGGAGGAGGGAGAGGGAGAGGGAGAGGGAGAAGAGGAAGCAGAGGAGGGAGGAGAGGAAGAAGAAGGAGACACAAAAGAGGAAGAAGAACAGGGAGAAUCUGAAGGAGGAGAGGGUGGUGAAGAAGAAGAAGAAGAGGGAGAGGCAAAAGAGAAGGAAUCUCCAUCAGCAGAAGAAGCUCCAGAAAAAGCACCAACACCUCCAGAAAAAGAGGUCAAAUCUCCAGACAAGAUUCAGUUGCCAGUGAAGGAUGAUGCCAAAUCUCCAGCAUCCAAGUCUGCGGCUCCCAAAUCUCCAGCUCCCAAGUCUCCAGCUCCCAAAUCUCCAGCUUCCAAGUCUCCAGCUCCCAAGUCUCCGGCAGUUGCCUCCCCGACGCAAGAGGAAUCCAAAUCCCCGGCCAAAGCGAAGUCUCCAACAAAGGAAGAGGCCAAGGCUCAGGCAACAAAAUCGCCCGAAAAGCCCGCAUCCCCUACCAAAGAAGACUCCAAGUCUCCGGCAAAAGCUCCCUCUCCCACCAAGGAGGAGAGCAAGUCUCCAGAUAAGGUCAAGUCUCCGGCAAAGUCUCCGGCAGCAAAAUCUCCGGAGAAAGGGGCAACCCCGACAAAGGAGGAGGCCAAGUCUCCAGGGAAGGUCAAAUCCCCCACAAAGGAGGAGGUGAAGUCCCCAGAGAAAGCCAAGACCCCGCCAAAGGCCAAGUCACCUGAGAAGGAGAAGCCCCCACCGAAGGAACCAGCCAAGCCACCUGCGAAGGAGGCCAAGGCCCCUGCAAAAGAGGAGGAGAAAGCCCAGGUGAAGCCAAAAGCAGAGGAGAAGAAAGAGAGCAAGAAGGAAGAGGAGCCCAAGAAGGAGAGCCCGGCCAAGGAUGUGCCAAAACAAGAAGCCAAGGUGGAGGAGAAGAAGGGGAAGGAGGAAGACCAGAAGAAAGCCACCAAGCCAGAGAAGGAGGAGGAGGCACCUUCCAAGGCAGAGGAUAAAGUGAAGGAAAAGGAGCCCACCAAAGCGGCAGCAAAGGCCAAGCCGGAGGCAGAGAAGGAAGCGGAGAAAGCCAGCAAGAAGGAGCCUGAGCCAAAGGCACCGGCCAAAGAAGCGAAGGCCAAGGAGCUGAGUAAGCCGGCCGAGAAGGAGCCUGAGAAACCCAAGGUGGAAGAGAAGAAAGAGGAGCCCAAGAAGGAGAAAGUGGAGCCCAAGAAGGAGCCGGAGGAGAAGCCCAAAGCCGAAGCCAAGCCCAAAGAACCAGCCAAGGCGGAGGUCAAGCAGACCCCCAAGGCCGAGCCGGCAAAGGAGCCAGCCAAAGCCACCAAGCCCAAGGCUGAGAAAGUGGAGAAGUCGUCCAGCACAGACCCCAAAGACAGCAAAGCCGCAGAGAAGGCGUCCGCGGCAGAGGAGAAAGCGAAGAAGAGCGAGAAGUGA